UUUGACUUCGUUUCUACUGCUCUCCAUGUUCCAAAACAGGCCCAAAUGUGAACUAGAAUGUUCUGGAUAAGCUAAUCUAUUGAACUCAGUAAAACAAUCCCCAUUUCCCUCUCUCAAUUCCCUCUUCCCUCUUCAAUGGCAACAACAACUCCAUUAUCAUCCACCAUUUCUUCUUCUUCAUUCUCUCUUCACCUCCCUCAAUUUUCCCUUUUUCCAAAACCCACGUCACUUCUCUCUAUCUCAUCCUCAAAACCCCUCUUUUUUUCUCUCCCUUCAACUAAUUCCCUUCAAAACCACAUCACUUUCUGCAAAAAAGAUGGCAUUGAUAUAACCUUCUUUGAUGAAGUAAACCCGGAUGAAGAAAUCACCUUUAACCCACCAGAAAAGCCUGAAGAUUUUAUCCCACCUAGGGCUAUUGAUGAACCACCAUUUGAGUCUGAAGAUGAGGUUGCUAGAGCUUAUGAAGAAUUGUAUGGUCCUGCUUAUAGUGGGGAAACUUAUCUUGGGAAUGAUGUUUUUGUUAUGGAUUCUAAGGUGAAGAAGUCUUCUGGAUUUGGGUCUAAAGCUAAGAAAGAGAAAGUUAGAGAUGGUUUUGAAGAGAAUGUUGUUCAGGUUAGGAGAGUGACUAAAGUGGUUAAGGGAGGCAAACACAUGAGAUUCAGGGCAAUUGUGGUUGUAGGUGACAAGAAGGGGCAAGUUGGGGUUGGAGUUGGUAAAGCCAAGGAGGUGAUAGCUGCCGUCCAGAAGGCGGCCACAGAUGCUCGUAGGAAUGUCAUUACUGUGCCUAUGACAAAGUAUUUGACAUUCCCUCACAGAAAUGAGGCAGACUAUGGGGCAGCGAGGGUGAUGCUUAGACCUGCUGCUCCUGGUACCGGAGUUAUUGCUGGAGGUGCAGUCAGAACCGUGCUUGAGAUGGCUGGAGUUGAGAAUGCCUUAGGAAAGCAACUCGGAAGUAACAAUGCCCUCAACAAUGCCAGGGCAACAAUUCUAGCUGUACAGACUAUGAAGCAGUUUAGUGAUGUCGCUCGUGAGCGUGGCAUUCCAAUGGAAGAACUAUGGAAGUGAUUCCCAAUCAACUAUAUGCAUCUCUCUUUUGUUAUCUAAUUUGUAAAUUUAUUACUUGACCAAUGCUUAGAUCACUCCGAAAGUAAUUCAGUGUUUUCUGUUCCAUAAAACUAUUUUUAUAUUUAUCAUACACAAAAUAUAUCUUCUAUAUUAUUGAGAUUGGUGAAUUGAAUAUCGA